AAUAAAUCGUACGCGAGCGGCGUUUCGAGGCGCAGCAGCAGAAGCAGCAGCAGCAACAUGUGCCCUGUCAGCGACGCCGCCGGUCUGAGCAGCUGAGCAGACACGCCAUCAGUCGACUGGCGAGUCACGCGAUACCGCCAAGUCCGGCCAUGGCUAGCGGGUACGGACCCAGUGCAGUCUCAGCCAGCGCUGGCAGUAUGAGCAACGCCAACGCAGGCCAACAGACUGCUGCGAGCGAUUACUCGGUCUCACAUAGCUCCGAUAGCUUUGCAGGCUCCACGAGCAGCAGGCCCAGUGCGCCGCCUUCUUACUCGCCCGCCUUACAGUACGGCCAUUCGGAGGAUGCCAAUCAACAGUACUUUGCCAGGCGGCCAUCUCACCAGGUACAGCAACAGGGGCAGCACAUGAAUGGCUACGGUCAUCUAGGACACGCUGCUCAUCAUCAGAGCGCGCACGGUGGGUCUCAACAUCAGCAUAUCGCCGAUUACUCGUCUCACUCUAUCGCGAGCAACGAUACUUCCACCCUCCUGAGGGAUCAAAGUGUCCUUGGCACUUCUAUAGAACGAUCUUGGGAUCAACUGAGGACCAAGUUGGGUCAGCAUCUGCCAAUGCUCGCGCCCAAAACGCUAUUACCUUACUCGCCGGCCAUGGGAGGUCCCGGCAGGCCAUUACAUCGCGCCUCUUUGACCAGAUCGAGCAUCGCGCCCGUCGCCCAAACGCUCACGCCAAGCUAUAGCACCAUGCGUUUCGUCGCACUCUGCUCUCUGUGGUAUGCCUCUUCGGCCGCAUCGUCAAAUACGGGCAAAUCGAUCAUGAAAGCCUUUCGCUACCCUGUCACCUUGACGCUCAUCCAGUUUGGCUACGUGGCAGGCUACUGUCUCAUCUUUCUGGCAGUCCGUGAGACCGCGAGAGGCGUAGGCCACCAUGGCGCAGGAUCUAGUUCGCGCGUCGCAUCGCGCACUUGGGGCGUCAAGAAACCUUCACGGCAGGCUCUACAUGGCACGCUCGUCAUGUCCGGCUUCCAGAUUGCUGGUCAUGUCUUCUCGAGCAUGGCCAUCGCGCGCGUACCUGUCAGUACUGUGCACACGAUCAAAGCAUUGAGUCCGCUUUUCACCGUCGCGUCCUACGCGGUCUUGUUCAGAGUACGAUACAGCCCUGCGACCUAUGCGGCUCUCCUGCCACUCACGCUCGGAGUCAUGCUGGCAUGCUCCUUUGACGUACGUGCAAACGCGCCAGGCCUCAUCUGCGCCCUCGGCUCAACGCUCGUUUUCGUGUCUCAAAACAUCUUCUCGAAAAAGCUCUUACCUAAGGACUCGUCCUCGUCGCCUCAUACGACGACAGCGACGAGUGGCAAAUCGCUCGACAAGCUCAACUUGCUGCUCUAUUCCUCCGGAUUUGCUUUCGUAUUUAUGAUACCGAUCUGGCUGUACUCGGAUUUUGGCGCCCUGCUGGCAACAGAGAAUGUCCUACCGGGUCAUAUCAGCAGGACAAGCUUGUUCAGUCUUUUCUGGACGAACGGCACUGUACACUUUGCUCAAAACCUGCUCGCUUUUUCGAUACUGGCCAAGACUUCGCCGGUGACUUACUCCAUCGCUUCGCUUGUCAAGAGGAUAGCCGUCAUCUGUCUGGCCAUCAUAUGGUCAGGCCAGCACGUAUAUCCGAUACAAGCGCUCGGCAUGACCAUGACUUUCGUCGGAUUGUGGAUGUACAAUCGAGCCAAGGGCGAUGUCAACAAGGGCGAGCGUAAACGAGGCCAAGUAGAGAAACGCAUGGAGCUGCUACUACCGACCAAUGCGAAUGACUUAUCCGAUAAGAUGACGCCUGAUAUGACACGGGCGAAUACACCCGUAGACAAACUCAGCCCUCAGGAUCUGCCACCGUAUCAGCCGCCGAGUUUCCAUUCGAUGAAUGGCAACGGAUAUGCGCAUGCGAAUCAGAACCCGCCACCUGCAUCGAGCUCGACGGCGACGGCAAGGCCGAUGCUCGAUCUGCGGCGAGGGACACUCGAUAUCAGCUCGGGCGGUCCAGUGCCCACUUCGCCUCGGCAAAGGUUACACGAGGGUACCGGUCUGACUAGCACCAACUCCCAGGCGGUGCAUGUUCACUGAGCCGCCUUUGUGCAACGUCUUGCUUAGAUGGGAGCUGUGUACCUCAUUGUAAUCUCUCCACACUCCAAGCGAGCUAGCGCGAGGGAUGUCAAACAAAAGUAGCACAUGGCCUGCC